AAACAAGUUUGUUGGUUGACCGCGAUGGAUGUGGUGAAAAUAGCUUUCGUAUUGUGGUUGGGAUUGGUUGGCAUUCUGGCCCACAAGUCAAAGGAGCAGGAUGCAAAGUACAAUUGGUGGCAGCACGAGGUGUUCUACCAGAUAUAUCCGAGGUCGUUUCAGGACAGCAAUGGCGAUGGAAUCGGAGAUCUCCAAGGAAUAACUUCAAGGUUGCAGUAUUUUAAGGACACUGGCAUCACAGCUGUGUGGUUGAGUCCUAUUUAUGAGUCACCCAUGGUGGACUUUGGAUACGAUAUAUCAAACUACACCAAUAUUCAGCCGGAAUAUGGAACCUUGGAGGAUUUCGACGCCCUUAUAGCCAAGGCUAAUGAGCUGGGUGUUAAAGUCAUCCUUGACUUUGUUCCCAAUCACAGCUCGAAUAAGCAUCCUUGGUUCAUAAAAUCUGUGGCCAGAGAGCCAGGAUACGAGGAUUUCUAUGUGUGGGAGAAUGGCACUCUCCUGGAGAACGGAACUCGAGUUCCUCCCAACAAUUGGUUGUCGGUAUUCUCAGGAUCCGCUUGGAUGUGGAACGAUGAGAGGCAGCAGUACUACUUGAGGCAGUUUACUUAUGGACAACCCGAUCUGAACUACCGAAACCCGGCCGUAGUUAAGGCGAUGGAUGAUGUGAUGCUCUUCUGGUUGAAUAAGGGCAUUGCCGGAUUCCGCAUCGAUGCCAUUAUCUAUAUUUAUGAGGAUGCUCAACUGAGGGAUGAACCUCCAAGUGGAACCACCGAUGAUACGAACAAUGAGGCUUAUCUAAGUCACAUUUACACCAGAAAUCAACCUGAAGAUUACGGAUUACUUCAACACUGGCGGCAACUUUGUGAUAACUACUCUGCCACCCACGAAGGACCUCUGAGGAUAAUGAUGACCGAGGGAUAUGCUUCAAUUUCCCAAUUAAUGGAGUACUACGAGGAUGCAAAUGGAGUUCUGGGACCCGAGUUUCCCUUUAACUUUGACUUCAUCACCGAGCUGAAUGAAAACUCCACAGCUGCAGAUUUCGUGUUCUACAUCUCCAGGUGGCUCAUCUAUAUGCCACAUGGUCAUGUGGCCAACUGGGUGAUGGGAAAUCACGACAAUCCUCGAGUGGCUUCUCGAUUUGGUGAGAAAUCGGUGGAUGGCAUGAAUAUGUUGCUGAUGACUCUGCCAGGAAUUGCCAUUACCUAUAAUGGUGAGGAGUUGGGCAUGACCGAUUACAGGGACAUCACCUGGAGCGAUACUGUGGAUCAGCCAGCCUGCGAAGCUGGAAUCAACAACUACAAGUGGGUUUCUAGGGAUCCAGAGCGUACUCCCAUGCAAUGGAGUAGCGAUCUGAAUGCAGGGUUCUCAACCUCCAAUCAAACCUGGCUGCCUGUCAAUCCCAACUACCAGGAGCUCAAUCUUCGCAACCAGCAGCUGGCAAGAAAAAGUCAUUACAAGAUCUAUCAGUCCCUUCUGAAGUUGAGACAACUGCCUGUUCUGAAGAAUGGAUCCUUUGUUCCCGAAGUUGUGAAUCGCAGGGUGUUCGCAUUCAAGCGUGAACUGAAGGGCGAGUACAGCCUGCUGACCAUCCUUAACGUGAAGAACCGCACAGAAGUGGUGGACAUCAGCGACUUUGUGGAUCAGCCCAAUCGGUUGCACGUCCUUGUGGCAGGAGUGGACUCAGAGCACCGAGUGGGGGAAAGGCUGAAGGUCGAGGCCAUCGAGUUGGCCCCCUUUGAGGGCUUGGUCAUCCAGCUGAACAAGCGAAAGUAACUCUACUUGGUAUUCAACAUUAAAGUACGAGAAAACA